AUGGAGUACCUGUACAUCCGCUUCACGAUGGAGGGCAAGAACUAUCCAAACCCAUUGGAUGAGGAGGAGUGGCUGACAUGUGUGCUGCUGCGCGCCAUGACGACCAACAAGGCAAUCAACUACACGCAGCAGCAUGACAUGGUGAAGGACAUCAUGCGGUGCAUGGAGAUCAUCACACGGAAGAGGACUCAUGUGUUCCGUGUGGGAGGAACCCAGGCUCUGGAUGCAGCAGGGGCGUCACGAGAGACAGCUCAGCGCAUGGGCCACUGGCAGGAGGGCAGUGCACUCGUGGAGUCAUACCUCAUGCCUGUCCCAUACGAUGGAUUACUGAUGCUUGCGGGUUUCGACUGUUGCACGCCGGACAAGCUGAAGACUGCCUACUGGGCACAGCACUUCAUGCUAGAAAUAUCACCUGCCUUGCUGGAGCCGCUUAAGGUGGCCAUCUUCUCUUCCUGCCCAAGCUAUGCCAUUGCACGAAUGAAACCGCCAGUUGCAUUGGACUGCCUCAUCAGCAUUCAGCAGCAGAUGGCCAUGCUACCAGUCCAGCAAACUGUGAUCCUUCAGCACUUCCUGGUCCAGCAACAAAGGGCGGUGCAGUUGGCGCAAGCCUCACAGGACUUGGGUGGCCUCAUGGGGGGGGCAGCUGGCGGCAGCGGCGUUGGCGGCUUGGCGCAGGCCGGCGCGCCUGGCCUCACGCCUGGCAGGCAGCAGCAGCGGCUGGACUUUGGUGGCCUCAUGGGGGGGGCAGCUGGCGGCAGCGGUGUUGGCGGCUUGGCGCAGGCCGGCGCGCCUGGCCUCACGCCUGGCAGGCAGCAGCAGCGGCUGGACUUGGGUGGCCUCAUGGGGGGAGCAGCUGGCGGCAGCAGCGCUGGCGGCUUGGCGCAGGCCGGCGCGCCUGGCCUCACGCCUGGCAGGCAGCAGCAGCUCAUGAAUUUGGGGGGCCUCAUGGGGGGGGGGCAGCUGGCGGCAGCAGCGUUGGCGGCUUGGCGCAGGCCGGCGCACCUGGCCUCACGCCUGGCAGGCAGCAGCAGCUCAUGA